GCAGUGCACAUGCGCAGGGCAGGAGCCAGCGAAAUUCAAUUUCUGCCGGCCUACACUUGGAGCCCAAGCUGGGUGUCAUGGAGGCGUCCCGAGGGUUUACCGAAUCCCAGGCUUUAAAGCCAGAGCAGGCUGCCCAAUACUUGAGAUAUGUGAAAGAAGCCAAAGAAGCAACGAAGAAUGGAGAUCUGGAAGAAGCACUCCAACUUUUCAAUUUGGCAAAGGACAUUUUUCCCAAUGAAAAGGUGAUGAGCAGAAUUCAAAAAAUACAGGAAGCCUUGGAGGAGUUAGCAGAAAAUGGAGAUGAUGAAUUCACAGAUGUGUGCAGCUCUGGCCUGCUGCUUUAUCGAGAACUGCACAACCAGUUAUUUGAGCACCAGAAGGAAGGUGUAGCUUUUCUCUACAGUUUAUAUAAGGAUGGGAAAAAAGGUGGUAUUUUGGCAGAUGAUAUGGGAUUAGGGAAGACUGUUCAAAUCAUCGCUUUCCUUUCUGGUAUGUUUGAUGCUUCAUUUGUGAAUCACGUGCUACUGAUCGUGCCAACUAAUCUGAUUAGCACAUGGAUAAAAGAAUUUGCUAAGUGGACUCCAGGAAUGAGAGUCAAAACUUUUCAUGGUUCUAACAAGGAUGAACGUGCUAGAAACCUCAGUCGGGUUCAGCAAAGGAACGGUGUCAUUAUCACUACAUACCAAAUGGUAAUCAAUAAUUGGCAGCAGCUGUCAAGCUUGAAUGGCCAAAAGUUUGUGUGGGACUAUGUCAUCCUUGAUGAAGCACAUAAAGUAAAAACAUCAUCUACUAAGUCAGCCAUGUGUGCUCGUGCAGUACCUGCCAGUAAUCGUAUCCUCCUCACAGGAACUCCAAUCCAGAAUAAUUUGCAAGAACUGUGGUCCCUAUUUGAUUUUGCUUGUCAAGGGUCCCUGCUAGGAACAUUAAAAACUUUUAAAAUAGAGUAUGAAAAUCCUAUUACUAGAGCAAGAGAAAAAGAUGCUACCCCAGGUGAAAAAGCCCUGGGAUUUAAAAUAUCUGAAAACUUAAUGGCAAUCAUAAAACCCUAUUUUCUCAGGAGGACUAAAGAAGAGGUACAAAAGGAAAAGCCAAGCAACCAAGAGGCCAUCUUCAGUGAAAAGAAUCCAGAUGUCAGUGUCUCUUGUGAAAUGCCUUCCCUUUCCAGGAAAAAUGAUUUAAUUGUUUGGAUACGUCUUGUGCCCUUACAAAAAGAAUUAUACAGGAAAUUUGUGUGUCUAGAUCAUAUCAAGGAGUUGUUAAUGGAGACUCGUUCACCUUUGGCUGAACUAGGUGUCUUAAAAAAACUGUGCGAUCACCCUAGACUGCUAUCUGCACGGGCUUCUUCUUUGCUCAAUAUAGGGGCUGUCAAAUUCUCUGUUCAAGAUGAAAAUGAAGAAGAUUCCUCAGAUGGAGGCCAUAUUAAUCAUAUAACCGAUGAUACAUUGAUGGAAGAAUCUGGAAAAAUGAUAUUUCUAAUGGACCUGCUUAAGAGACUUCGAGAUGAAGGGCAUCAAACACUGGUGUUUUCCCAAUCAAGACAAAUCCUAAACAUCAUUGAACGACUCUUAAAGAAUAGGCACUUUAAGAUAUUACGCAUUGAUGGAACAGUUACUCAUCUUAUAGAGAGAGAAAAAAGAAUUGACUUAUUCCAGAAGAAUAAAGAUUAUUCUGUUUUUCUACUUACCACUCAAGUAGGAGGUGUUGGCUUAACAUUAACUGCAGCAACUAGAGUGGUCAUUUAUGACCCUAGCUGGAAUCCUGCAACAGAUGCUCAAGCUGUGGAUAGAGUUUACCGAAUUGGACAAAAAGAAAAUGUUGUCGUUUAUAGGUUGAUCACUUGUGGGACUGUAGAAGAAAAAAUAUAUAGGAGGCAAGUUUUCAAGGACUCGUUAAUAAGACAAGCUACAGGUAACAAGAAGAACCCUUUUCGAUAUUUUAGUAAACAAGAACUAAGAGAACUUUUUGUUAUUGGGGAUUUUCAGAACUCUGCAACCCAGCUGCAGCUUCAGUCUUUACAUGCUGCUCAAAGGAGAUCUGAUAAGAAAUUGGAUGAACAUAUUGCCUUCUUACACUCUCUAGGGAUAGCUGGGAUCUCAGACCAUGAUUUGAUGUACACAUGUGAUAUGUCCGUUAAAGAAGAGCUUAAUGUGAUAGAAGAAUCUGACUACAUUCAACAAAGGGUUCAGAAAGCUCAAUUUCUUGUUGAAUUCGAGUCUCAAAAUACAGAACUAAUGGAAAGACAAAGAACGGGAAGUGAGGGGACUUGGCUGAGAGAGCCUGUAUUUCCUUCUCAAACAAAUAAACCCUCUCAACUAAAUAAUCCAAAGCCUUGGCCUUUACCUCGUGGGGCCACUUAUGAUUUUCAGGAAGAAGAAAUUAGUUCUCAAAUGGCAAGUGUAGUCAUUGAUGAUGAUCUACCCCGAGAGAGCGAGAACCAUGAUCUCUCUAGUGAAAAGAUGAAUGAGAGCGUCCUGCAAGAUGGUACUCAAGAUGGUACUGACUCUGUAGCUACUUUACCCAAGGGGUGUAGAAGUAUAGAAAAAGUUUGUGUGACCUCUUUUUUGGGAGUGACAGAAAGUUUCACAACUGAAAGUGAGGCUUUGCAAAAUAAGUCAUUAAGAGAAAGGUCUGUGCAGGAGGCACUGGAAGAGAACCCUCUGGGAAGGUUUAAUUCUUUACUUAGCAAAUCAGUCAGAUCUGAGCCAAAUCCAGGUCUGAUAAAGAAUGAUGAGAUUUUACAUCACUGUGGUUCCUGGUCCAUUAAUCCUGUAACAAAGGAAAACCAAAAUACAGAAUUAAACGCAUUUGUUAUAGAAAUAUCUGAUGAUGACUCAUCAGCAUCCCACAGUGAACUGCAGGACACUCAAGCAAACAAGGCCAAGCUGGAAGAGGAACCAUUAGCAUCUUCACAGUAUGUGUGUGAUUUCAACCUUUUAUUGGAAGACUCUGCAGACAAUAGACAAAAAUUUUCCAGUCAGUCUUUGGAACAUGUUAAACAGGAAAAUAGCCUGUGUGACUCCACAUCUAAUUCCAGAGCAAAUUUUGUGCAUAGCAAUACAUAUCUCAGUUUAGAUCUCUCUGAGAAAGAAGACAAUGAGUCAGAAGCGCUAGUUAAUUUGAAAGUCAGAAGAAAAGCCAGAAGGAUUGCUUCAGAUGAUGAAGAUGAUACUUGUAAAAGUUCUCCGAGCAUGAAUACUUUCAGUGCAUCUCCCUUUCAGUAUUCCUCUGUGAAACAAUUUGAUGCUUCAACACCCCAAAACAACAUCAGUUCACCUGGAAGGUUCUUUUCACAUAAACUACCUGAUAGUUUCAAUAGAUCUCUAAACUCUAGAAGAUCAUUGGCUUCUAGGAGGUCUCUUGCUAAUGUGGUUUUAGAUCAUGUGGAGGAUAUGGAGGAAAGACUUGACAACUGUGAAGCAGAGGUUGUUGAAGAUUAUCUGGAGGAUGAAGGAGCAGAGGAAAGCAGUGGUGAAGCCUCAGAGUGUAUGGCAAAGAAUCCUUCUGGAGAAAUGCUGUCUACAGAAAAUAGGCCCAGCUGGUUAACUAUACCUAAGCCUGGUGCUCCAGCCCAGGAGACUUCUGAUGACCCUGAGUCUGGUUCUCCAGCUCAAGAGACUUCUCAUGAGUCUGGCGGUCUAACUCAAGAGAUUUCUGAGGACCUUGAACCAGAUGUUCCAGCUCAAGAGACUGCUGAUGACCCUAAGCCUGAUGCUUCUUCAGCUCAAGAGACUUCUGAUGAGUCUAAUGUUGUAGCUCAAAAGACUUUUGAUGAUGCUGAGUCUGGUGUUCCAGCUCAAGAGACUUCUGAUGACCCUGAACCUGAUGCUUCGGCUCAAGAGACUUCUAAUGAGUCCGAUAUUGUAGCUCAAAAGACUUUUGAUGACUCUGAGUCUGGUGCUCCAGCUCAAGAGACUUCCUUUGAGUCCGAUGUUGUAGCUCAAAAGACUAUUGAUGACCCUGAGUCUGGUGCUCCAGCUCAAGAGACUUCAGAUGACCCUGAACCUGAUGCUUUGGCUCAAGAGACUUCUGAUGAGUCUGAUGUUGUAGCUCAAAAGUCUUCUGAUAAUCCUGAGCCUGCUGCUGUAGCUCAAAAGAUCUCUCCUGAUGAUCCCAAGCCUUUGUUCGGUGAACAGGUAGUUGAUUCUCCUCAAGAAAAGGCAGCAGAGACAGUGAAUGACUAUGAACUUCUUGUAACGCGGGGGAAAGAACUGAAAGAGUGUGGGAAUGUACAGGAGGCCUUAAACUGCUUAGUUAAAGCACUUGACAUAAAAAGUUCAGAUCCUGAAGUUAUGCUCAUGACUUUAAAUUUGUAUAAACAGCUUAAUAAAACUUGAGAAUAUGGCCUGAUUAUUGUAUUUUAAAGCAAAACUAAGUAGGAGAUAAGUUGUAUCCAUAGUGUGAUUCUUUGGGAGUACUUAGAAUUCAGACUUAAGGAGAGAAAGCAAGUUUUUGUUCUUAAGUUGGUUGUCAGUCCUGCCUUUACUUCAUGAUUCCCUCCUGUGUAUGUAUGCUCUGAGCACUAGGUUAGUAUUUCCUUACUUGAAUAUUCUUGUUCUUUUAAACAUAUUGUAUAAACUUAAUGCAACCUUGAUUUUAGAAAUAGUUUUGUAAAGUUAUUCUGGUAAUAUCUUUUGAAAAUGGUCACUUCCCUAUGUCAAGGUAUAAUUAAAAACAUCAAAGUCA